AUGAAAAACAUUUUACUAAAGACCUGCAAUUGUACCAAGUUUGGAUUUGGUAGCUGUAGAAACAGUGAAAAUUGUAAUUUUGCACAUGGGGUUGAAGAGAUAAGGCAGCCACCACCAAUUUGGAAGGAGCUUGUCGGUCCUCGUACUGAAGAGCAGUUGCAAUUGGGCGGGAAUUGGAAUGAUGACCAGAAAAUCAUUCAUAAGAUUAAUCUUUGCAAGAAGUAUUGCAGUGGUGAGGAGUGUCCUUAUGGUGAUAAGUGUAGCUUUCUUCAUGAGAAUCCUGCUAAGUUUAGGGAUGACUCUUGGAAAAAAGAGUCCUAUGCGGCCGUCAUUAGAACUUAUUGUUGA